CAUUGCAAAAAAAAAUGAUUUUGAGAAAUAAUAGGCAGCUUGUCACCAACAAACUUCAGUUCCUGAUUCGAAGGGCUGGCAUCUGCUAGACAGCUCAAUACCAUCGAAGCAUAUGAAAAAAAAAAUUCAAAGGACCAAGAAAUAUCAUUGAAGGAAACGCAUCUGGCAUCUUAAGUAGAUUGUCCUACAAAAGUAUAAAGAAACAAAUUUUGCAUUCACAUCUCAGGUCAAUUAAUCCCUUCAAACCUUCAAAAGGGAUAACUAUCACAUUCAUCUCUCUCUCUCUCUCUCUCUCUCUCUCUCUCUCUCUCUCCCUCUAAGCCGCCAUGGGUGACUCAGAUGAGAAUCCACGUGAAGAAAUACCUACCUGUUCCUUGCUACAUAAAAGUUGCAGCAUGGAGUCAAAUUGGAUUCCACCAAACCGCCUUAGUGGCAUCCGGCAAGUGGGAGCUGCAUAAGGACUACAUAGUUCAUGGUUCAUGAACCCGAACAUCAUAAACAGAAGCACCAUAGCAUCCCCCUCACACCACGAAAAAUGACCACAUUCCUCUGUCUAAUCAUUCUUCCAUUAUUCACCGUUCUUCCAUGCUCAUAUGGUUCACCCCAUUCGAUGCUAAGCACUGGCUCAUCCUUGUUGGUAGAAGGGUACAAAAAAAACUUCCUUACCUCACCAAGUGCUGAUUUCUCCUGCGGCUUCUAUGAAGUUGGAAGGAAUGCUUUCUCCUUCUCUAUCUGGUUCACCAACACCAUGGAAAAGACUGUCGUGUGGUCUGCAAACCCCACAUCCCCGGUGAAUGGUCGUGGCUCCAUGGUUUCGCUGAACCAUGAUGGCAACUUGGUCCUCACUGAUGUCAAUGGAACCGUGACAUGGGACAGCAAGACGAGCUCUGGCAAGGGCACGACAGUAUCGCUUCUCGAUACCGGCAACCUUAUCAUCAAAGGCCCCAACGGUGCAAUCCUAUGGGAAAGCUUCUCUUCACCAACUGACACCUUGCUGCCGUUUCAGCCCCUCACCAAAGGAACAAGGUUAGCCUCUGUUUACUAUAGCCUCUAUUUCGACAAUGACAAUGUGCUGCGCCUCAUGUAUGAUGGACCAAAUAUAUCAAGCAUCUAUUGGCCAAGUGGAGACUAUUCAGUGUUCCAAAAUGGGCGCACAAACUACAAUAGCUCCAGGAUUGCAGUCCUCGACGCUGAAGGUUAUUUCCUAUCAAGUGAUGGGCUUCAGGUAAAGUCAUCUGAUUGGGGUACAGUAAUCAUGAGAAGGCUGACAAUUGAUUACGAUGGAAACCUCAGAAUGUACAGCUUGGAUGCAUCAAAUGGGAGUUGGGUAGUCACAUGGGAGGCUAUAGCAAAAAUGUGCGAUGUGCACGGGCUAUGUGGACAGAAUGGGAUAUGUCAGUUCUUGCCAAGAUUCCAUUGCUCAUGUCCACCAGGAUAUGAGAUGAUUGAUCCACAGAAUUGGAACAAAGGUUGUUGGCCACAAUUCAGCAAAAGCUGCAACAGCACAGAGUUUGAGUUCAUCAAGCUCCCUCAAACCGACUUCUAUGGCUUCGAUCUGACCUACAACCAGACCUUCUCACUUGAAGAAUGCAAGAAAACUUGCUUGGAUAUCUGUUCCUGCUCUGCUUUCACAUACAGGACGGGAUCUUGCUUCACCAAAGCUGUACUCUUCAAUGGCUACAGCUCCCCAAAUUUUCCUGGUGACAACUAUAUAAAACUACCUAAGAAUAUGGGCAAAUCAACAUCCUUAGUCUCCAGAAAGUCUGGUCUCACAUGCAACCCGGAUAUUCCUGAGAUUGUAGAAGGAUCUGCAAGUAUGUAUGGAAUGAACAAUGUCGAUAAACGUUGGACGACUUAUUAUGUGUUUGCAGCAAUACUGGGAGCCCUAGUACUGCUCUUUACUGGUACAGGCUGGUGGUUUCUUUCCAGCAAGCAAAACAUACCUCAAUCAAUGGUGGCAGGCUACAAGAUGGUAGCAAGCCAAUUCAGGAUGUUCACAUACCGAGAGUUAAGGGAAGCAACUGGAAAGUUCAAGGAAGAGAUUGGAAGAGGGGGCUCUGGAAUUGUUUACAGAGGAGUACUUGAAGAUAAGCGAGUAGUGGCAGUGAAGAAGCUAACGAACUUCUCACGUAGUGAGGACGAAUUGCAAACAGAAAUGAGUAUAAUUGGGAGGAUUAACCACAUGAAUUUAGUAAGGAUGUGGGGUUUUUGCUCCGAGGGUCAACACAAACUACUGGUUUAUGAAUAUGUGGAGAAUGAAUCACUGGACAGGUAUCUAUUUGGCAAUGUAAGUAGUGAGAGAUUAAUUGCAUGGAGUCAGCGAUUCAAAAUAGCAUUGGGAACAGCAAGAGGCUUGGCCUACCUCCAUCAUGAGUGCCUUGAGUGGGUAAUCCAUUGUGACGUAAAGCCAGAGAACAUACUCCUGACCCGAGAUUUUGAAGCUAAGAUAGCAGACUUUGGCCUAGCCAAACUCUCAAAUAGAGACAGUUCCAGUUUCAAUCUCACCCACAUGAGAGGAACAAUGGGCUACAUGGCACCAGAAUGGGCGUUAAACUUGCCAAUCAACGCAAAAGUUGAUGUCUACAGUUACGGUGUUGUCCUUCUUGAAAUUGUGACAGGAAGUCAGAUCUCAAGUGGGAUAAUAGUGGAUGGGAAGGAGGUCGAGCUUAGACAGUUUGUGCAGGUCACAAGUCAGUUUCUGGAGAGUGGAGAUGUCAAGGAUAUCGUCGAUCAAAGACUGAAUGGUCAUUUCAAUCCUGAGCAAGCAACGACAAUGUUGAAAGUUGCUAUAGCUUGCCUUGAAGAAAGAAACAGCAGGCCUACAAUGAAUGAAAUUGUAAAAGAUCUAUUGGCAUGUGAUGACCAAGAUGAUCACCCCGCCUACUCAUGUUGAGCUGCAUUAGCAAAAUGAAGAAUCAGGAUCAUUUGCUUUUUUUUAUGAGUCCUUCUCAGGACAAAUGUAUAUAAAUUGUUUCCAUCAAAUGUAAUUGAUUGGUGGAACACUGAAACAAUACUUUAUAAUUCAUAUUUCUGGUAAUAAAUAUUCUCACAAUAAUAUAUCUUCUUGCAUGAGACGGUUAAAAAUGUUAAUUUGUAUAUAAGACUCAUGGGUCACUUAAAUUUCAA